AAACCAUAAUUCAAACCUCUCUCUAAUUUCAUAUCCUUCCCACAAUCAAAAUUCGAUAGAGAGAGAUCGAGACGGAGAGAGAUUGAAGGAUCAAAACCAAUUAUCAGAAUUUGAAGAAAAAGAGAGAGAUUGAAGAAUCAAAACGAAUUAUGAGAAUUUGAAGAGAGAGAGAGAGAGGGAGAAAUGGCAUCACAACAACGUGAAGAAGAAGCAUUGAGGAAGAGGGCGUUGUUACGAUGCAGCUCGCACGCUCACGACGAGCUUCAAAGCUUCAGAUCCUGCCUACGGUGGCUGUGCGUGGACCAAUCAGAUCCAUGGCAUGCAUUCAUCUCAUGGACAGUCUUCGUCCUCUUCGCCAUCAUCGUCCCUUCCCUCUCACAUUUCGUCCUUUCCUGCCCUGGCUGCCAUGGAAAACACCGCCGGCCUUACGACAUUGUCAAUCAGGUCUCCCUCACCGUCAUCGCCACCCUCUCCUACUUCUGCCUUUCUCGCUUUGUUAGGAAUUACGGCCUCCGGAGGUUCCUCUUCCUCGAUAGGCUCUGUGACGAGAGCGAAAAAGUCCGCCAGUGUUACAUGAUGCAGCUCAACAGAUCUUUCCAUCUCCUUUCCGUCUUUGUUGUCCCUUGUUUCGCGGCGGAAAGCGCAUAUAAGAUAUGGUGGUACGCCUCAGGCGCGUCGCAGAUUCCUUUCUUAGGCAAUGUAUAUGUGAGUGAUGCUAUCGCAUGCAUUUUGGAGCUAUGUUCAUGGCUCUACAGGACAUCCAUUUACUUCCUGGUAUGCGUCCUCUUCCGCCUCAUCUGCCACCUACAGAUACUCCGGUUGCAGGAUUUUACUCAGGUCUUCCAAGAAGAAUCCGAUGUAGCAUUGGUGUUGAAAGAGCAUCUGAGGAUUCGGACGCAUCUAAAGGUCAUAAGCCAUCGUUACCGGGCUUUUAUACUUUGCGCUCUUGUCUUUGUGACCGCUAGCCAGCUUGCUUCACUGCUUAUCGUCACCAAGUCUCAUGCAGAUGCCAAUAUCUUCCGAGCUGGCGAACUUGCUCUAUGCUCAGUGGGCCUGGUGACUGGUCUGUUCAUAUGCCUGCGCAGCGCGACGAAGAUCACACACAAGGCACAGGGCAUCACUUCCCAUGCUGCCAAGUGGCAUGUGUGCGCCACCAUCGAUUCCUUUGACACGAUGGACAACGAGACCCCAACUCAGGUCCCCUCGCGGCCAAGCGAUUUUUCAGCUGCUGCCGAUUCAGAUGAAGAAGUUGGCAGCGACGACGAUGAUGCGGUCGACACCAAAAUGGUGCUGCCCCAUUCCCGGACCAUCUCUUUCCAAAAGAGGCAAGCACUAGUGACAUAUUUCGAAAACAACAGAGCUGGAAUCACAGUCUUCGGUUUCACCAUGGACAGGACAUAUUUGCAUACCAUUUUUGGGAUUGAAAUGUCUUUGUUCUUAUGGUUGUUAGGAAAAACUGUGGGAAUUUGAUCAAACAGUCGUGGCCUUUUCGCUUCUCACUCUUUUUGACAGUAUAGAUUCUCUCCCGUAUAUGGGGCCCGUUUGGUCGGGUGGAAUUGGAAAAUCUUAUGACCUCUCAUCUUCUUUUCUGGGCUUUCGUCGAUUUGGAAAGAGCGCAACAAUAGAACAUUUUGCAACAAAGUCAAGACCUACAAGGAAGUGUUCCAAAGAGGGGGGUUGAGCCACUUUCGAGGGAUGUAGGCGGGAGCCAUUGGAGUCUUUUUGUGAGGAGAGGUCUUCUAUGUAAUGGGAGCAUGAUGUCUGCUCAUCUCAUCAUUCUUUUAGCCUUUUGGUUGUAACCCUUUUGCUUUCUUGCUUUCAAUAAAGAUUUUUGUUUGUCAUUAAUUAAAAAUGAAAAAG